UUUCGAACGAACACAAAGGGGUCCACGUUGGCGUUGGACGGUUGUUUUGAAAUCAACACGUGCACGCAACGAACAUGGAGGACGACACUGCGUGGAGUGAGGAAAAGGCAUUUUGUUUGAUAGAUGCGUACAGAGUUCGUGAAAUUUUGUGGAACCCGCAAAAUGAAAACUAUUUUAAGAAAAAUCUUAAGCAAGAUGCGUGGUCGGAAAUCGCAAAGUUGAUGUCAAUGACUGUAGAAAAAUGCAACAGCAAAGUUGUUUGUCUUCUCUCUUCAUACCGCCGCGAAAAGCUGAAGGAAAAAAAAUCAAAGGGGACAGGAAAAGAUGCCUCGGAAACAUACAUAAGUCGAUGGUUUGCCUAUGAUGCUUUGAAGUUCUUAGACGACAGGAACACACCGAGAAAGAGAAAAAAUACGGAGUCACUUCAUCGCUCGGACUUGGAAAACACUGCCGACCAAAAUGUGUUCACCCCUCCAGUACUACCAAAUGAAUGUACUCCAAAGAGCGCUAAACAAACCAGGAGGGAUGACAAUGUGCUCUCAGAUGUGAUGGGAAUACUGAAAACAACAGCCAAUAAAUUGGACAAUUCGAUAGGUAUUCCUGAUACAACGAAAAGUUUCGCUUCCUUUAUAGGGGCUAAAAUGACUAGUUAUUCUCCACAAACUAGGACUUCGGUGGAACAUGCAAUUUUUGAAAUAAUUAUGAAAGCUGACAGGGGAUAUUACGAAUCGUGGCGUCAUCAAAAUAAUCGUCCCUCAAUAUCGGCCGGACCACCAUCGGGCACAAACGAAGCAGGACCCUAUGGCUAUACUACGGCAAGAAAUGAAGAUACUACUGACUAUCCAACCAUCCAGCCGCCCUUGUCGGCAUGUUCGCGAUGUGACCGCUGUUCUCGAUGAAGACCGGCUGCACUGUACUGCAAGUUCCUGAAAGGCCCACUGAUGUGUAUGACCUGUAGGUACUACGCAGCAGUGGGCCUUUCAGGAAAUUCGUCACUGACGCUGGAAUGUCUUUGGGCCGGGCCGGAAACUCGGUGUAGUAAUGAAAGUUCACACAGUGGAGUCGGCAUUUACACUCGAACACACACACACGCGUCGAGACUUGAUUUUGGAAAACUUUGAGACGAAUACCGGGGACUCUUUACUGAAUCCCUUUACGCUGCCACCAAAUGUUAUGAGCCUCAGGGGAUUUAGGUUUUUAAAAAAGAAAACUGAUUAAUUGGUUGAGACAGCCGUCUAGCUUGGAUGAUGGAAUGAGGGUCAAACACAAAAACGUAUGAAAAAGUGUUCAGGUUAAAUAAUUUCCAGAUGUACAUUAUUAGGGCGUGUUUAUUUUUUUAUUAUUUAAGAUUAUGUUGCCGGCAUACUAUAUUCAAUCUCAUUUUGAUUAUAAAAAUAAAAUAAUUAAUUUACUGCUUUCGUUCAUACCAAAAUGUCUCCUACUGUAGACUGUUCGGAUGCUUUGCACCUCAGUUUGAUAGUGUAAUGUCAUCUCUCGCGUCAAGACACGGCACGCGCGGCAACGAUUUGUAACAACCAACUUUAUUGCAGUUAGAUUAUUUUUUUGUUGAGUCUAAUUGAACCAGUAAAUAGUGGUUGUCUGUUAAUAUAUAGGUAUAUAUGUUUGUAUUUGAAGAAGUUGUUAUAAUCCGCUAUACAUUGGAUAACGAGGACGACUCAAGAAUUUUGAAACUUCAGUACAAGUUCGGAAGUUUAUAAAUUUUGUACAGUGUAACGUUGCGAUUUUUUUCGCAUCAUUUCUUUUACUUGAUUCGGUUUUUUUCUUCUCUUCGGUUUCCGAACGCACACAUCUGUCAAUUAUGUCAAUGUCGUAUAAAAGGGAGAUUGUCAAAAACAAUUGUCCGAAGAAGAGAAGUUAGAAAUUCUAUUGCACAAUAUCAGACCAUUUUUUGCUGAAAAAUUAGCGUUACAUAGUUUCCAAACAGUUAGUGAAUUAAAGGAUGUGUGUCGUAAGUUAGAAUCAGCACGGUUUAAGAAAAGUUUGUUCACCGAACCACCUUCUACUUCUGACUUGAACCCAGAUUUAGUUUAUAAGGGAAAGUGCAAUGCAUCAGUUGAUGCUGUGGAACAAUAUAGGCCUCAGGGUAGGAAGUUUGCGAACAGCCAUCCAAAUGACCACAGUAGGCAGUUCAGGUC